AUGGCUAUCCCGAACCAUGACCCCAGCCGAAGGCGUUCCGCUUCACAACUGCUCUCUAUCCCACGCAAAGUCCGCGACCCCAUCUAUGAGCACCACGUCAUCGUCGACAGGGGUUACGUCUAUGAAUCCGACGGUCUUCUCGGUGGCAGGCUCAAGUGGGCCGACAGACAGCCCUUCGAUCUGAACCUGACGUACGCCUGUCAACUCGUCGUCGGCGAGAUGCGCCAUCUUGCCUUGCAGAGCAACACCAUAACGCUCUCCACCAUUACUUCGGAAGAUGGGCACUUCUAUGCAGUCGCGCUUGAAGGCUUACGCAUACGUGCUGCUCGGUUUCAUGGCCUCGUCGGGCGUAGCCUCGACAGAUGCAAGCAGUAA